CAUGUGUUACGGCAUCAACUCAGGAAUAAUUAUACGUCGCAGUAUUGCUCUUGUAGGCCUUCUUCUUCUUAUAGAAGAAGAAGUGAACGCGACAAACGCGUAAGUGCAUGAACAAAAUAGCUUCAACAAAAAGCCAAAAAUACAAUAACAUUAUGUUUGCAUAUAUAUAUAUACCACAGACCCAAAAAUAUCGGACUGUGCCUACAACAGAUAUUUACAAAUUUAAUAUUGAUAAUUAUGAUUCCAAAACUGAUACAUAUAAAAAAAAGACUGAUAAAUUAAUACUGCCUGAUGGAAAAAAACAAACUUGUCAAGUUUUAAAGUUAGGAGAUACAGAAGCAGCACUCAAGAUGAAAUUAAGUGAAAAAAGAGUUCGAGUUCCAAAAUUAACAACGUCUAUAGUUCAUGAUAAUGAUGAAUCUUUACUCAGUCAGGAAAAGGAAAAUGAAAUCAGUAAUAUUAUUAAAAGAAGAAAGAUUGAUCAAGAGCUUUGUAAAAAAUCUACAAAGGAGACUAAUACUUCUAUUAUUGCUGCUUAUAUAAGUGCAUCUAAGCAGCGGUCGUUACAUUCCAGUGCUGAUCAUGAGAAUGAAGCAUCCAAUGUUUCUAAUAAUGAAGAAGACAAGUGUUCAAGUAAUGAUUUACUAAAAGAAAAACAAAAAGAAUUAGAUGAAUGUUUACUGAAACUGAAACAUGCUGAAAACAGAGCAAAGCAUUGGGAAGAACAAUAUAAUACUUUAAAAGAAUCUGGAAAUUACAACCUUACCGAAAAGACCGGAAAAGAUAUCGUUACUAUCUUAGAAACGAUCAGCAACCGUACGAUUCAUGAUGAUAUUGGUGAUAAUGCACCUCAAUAUGAGAAUAAAAUUAAUGCGUUUAAAGAACGAACAACCCAUAUAGGAAAUGAUGUUUGGAUACCUACAAUGAUUUACGAGGAACUUAUGCGUGAGAAAGAGUUCACUUCAUUCAUAAAAAGUGCAUGCUAUGCUGUCUGGGGACCCGACAAGCUGGAUGAACGUUCUGUGCGUGGACAACGUAAUGUUAAGGAACCGACAUUAACUCCUACUAAAAAAAGUGCAGUUUCAUCAUUGUUUUGCCAUUGGAUGAGAGAUAAGAGACAUAUGCCGCAGACUUUUAUUGAGGAGCAAAUGAAUAGAACUAAACUGAACAAAUACUUCAACGGGGCAAUUUCAGCAGCCAGGAAGAAAAUUAAUUACAAGACCAUAAAAACGCCCAAUCCUGAAGUGACACAAAAAAAGAACCCUACAACUGAACAUUUACAAAAUUUGGAAGUUUCUGGAGACGACAAGUCAGAUAGUGAGCAUUCCUGCUCUCAAAGUUCGGAAGCGAGCUGUGAUUAAUGUAAAGUUUAUAUAUGAGUCAAAAAUAAU